AUGCCCCGACAGGCGGUUUCCGAGCCGAUAGAAGCGCUCGCGACGCUCCACGAGUGCUGUGCGACCGCGCGCGUAGCGCGCAUCCAUCUGUUCGGCACUUUUGCGAUUGCGCGUUCGUUCUCGACUCGAUGCGCCGGGCCGGCACGGCUCACAAAAUCCUUUGAAGUCGCGUCAGAGGUUUCGCUGCGUCCCAGAACUCACGCGAAACGAUGCCGUGGGCCUCAAAGUUCGCAAAAACGGAAGGGCGUGAAAAAUUGCAUCUCGGCGAUUCUCGGCGAACGCGUCUUUCGCGCACAGCGCGCGUCUAGAACCGUUUACAGCUAG